AUGUCGCGAAUCGCAACAAAACGGCUGCAGAAGGAGCUCGCAGAACUGCAGCAGAAGGGUCCGCCGGCGGGGUGCAGGCUGAUACAGGCGGAGAACUUGGAGGAAUGGGUCAUUGCGCUGCAAGUCUUGGGCGAGAGUGUCUACGAAGGGGAGGAAUUCGCACUGCGCUUCCGUUUCUCGACCAGCUAUCCCAUCGACUCCCCCGAAGUCACUUUCCUCACGACCUCUCCCUUCCGACCGCCCGAACAUCCUCACGUCUACACGAAUGGACACAUCUGCGCUUCGGUUCUCGGCAGCGGCUGGUCCCCGGUCUUGAACGUCCAAAGCCUUCUCCUCACUAUGCAGUCGAUGCUCGCAAGCUGCAAGAAGAAGGAGCUGCCGCCUGAUAACGACAGAUACAUCCGGAACGCACCCAAGUCGCCCAAAGAUACCCGAUGGGCAUAUCACGAUGAUACCGUCUGA